AUGUCUACCGUCACGCAAACACGAAGGACGACCAGGGUAACAAGGACUGCAAACGAAAACACUGGGCGUACAGCGAGCCGUGGCACUCGCGGAGACAAACCUGGCGCAGAGGCGGUGGCAGAGAAGAAACAAGCGCCAAUACCGACGACAACAUCCACCUCGGGACCGGUUUCGAGCCUGGCUUCCAAUGCAUUGAGUGCCGCUGCGGCUCUAAUUAAGAAACGUAAAGCGCUCAACGAUAACACCAAUGCUGAGAAGAAGAAGCUGUUAAAGGCCCGAGCCGGAAAGGUUAAGGAGGCUGAAAAGGAGAAGGAGGCCGUCGGAACGGAUUCGGCUGGGACCAGUGUGUCUGGGACAAAACUUGUGGUGGAGGUGGAGCUGCCAGUUCGGAAGCGUCGGGCGUCUCAGGCUGCUUCAAAAUCUGAAGAGAAGGGGAAGGAGAAACUCAUCACUCAAGGAUCCACUACGAACUCCAAGUCAGUAGUGGCUGGUUGCACAAAACGAAAGCCCACGGAGGCGACACGAAAGGAAAAGGCUGAACCACGACCCGAACCCGAACCUGUUUAUCACGAAGACGAACCGGAAGCCAAACGAAGGCGAUCCAACGAUCGGAUUGCGGUCCCAGUGGAGAAACCCGAAAUUGUGGAGGCCACGCAGGCUGUGCCAACCAAGGUUGACGACAAUCCGUUCGAUGUAGGCGUGGCAAAAGACGGCGAGACGACUGGGCUGGGAACUAAACAACGUUGGGAUGACUUGGACGCCGAGGAUGCGGACGAUCCAACCAUGGUUGCAGAAUAUGUUGCCGAGAUCUUCGAGUACAUGAAGGAGCUCGAGGUUCGCACAAUGCCUAGUCCUGUCUACAUGAAGUCCCAACCCGACUUAACAUGGGAGAUGCGAGGAAUCCUCAUGGAUUGGAUUAUCCAAGUUCACUCCCGCUUCCGACUGCUCCCUGAGACCCUGUUCCUUGCCUGUAACAUCAUCGAUCGGUUCCUCUCUAUGCGUAUUGUGUCGCUGGUCAAGUUGCAACUUGUGGGAAUUACGGGUCUGUUUGUCGCAGCCAAGUACGAAGAAAUCAUGGCGCCUUCGGUUCAAAACUUCCUCAAGGUUUCCGACUCAGGUUAUAGCGAACAGGAGAUCCUCCAAGCCGAGAAGUACAUCCUUCGAACCCUCGGAUGGGACCUCAGCUAUCCCAAUCCGAUGAGCUGGUUACGACGAGCGAGUAAAGCCGAUGCGUAUGAUGUUCAGACCCGAACAAUGGCCAAGUUUCUUGUCGAGAUUAGUGUGGUUGAAGAGAAGCUCCUCAAGUGUACUCCGAGUUUGCUAUCUGCGGCGUCACUCUGGCUGGCACGUCUUGUUCUUGAUCGAGAGGAAUGGAACGCGAACCUCGAGCAUUACAGUGGAUACUCCGAAGAAGCACUUCUCCCUUGUGCAAAUAUCAUGCUCAACUAUAUUGUUCAGCCACCUUCAGCACACGAGAGUCUUUGGAAAAAGUACUCUGGAAAGAAAUACUUUAAAUGCGCAGCCUAUGCUCGUAAAUGGGCUGAGCAGCGCUGGCCCCCUGAACCCAAACGUUCAAGCCAAGGGCCUGCAAGCGAUGAUACGGCGGAACAAGUCGAAGUUGAUCUCCCGGCUGCACUACCCAUCCUACGAGAGCAGAUUACUGCUCGCCUGGAGCAGGAGGCAGAAGAAGCUGCAGGCGAAGAGUAUGCCGAGUAA